AUGGCCGAUUUUAAUCCUUAAGAGAGAGUAAAAAAAAUGGUCAAUGCAAUUAAAGCAGAGGCUACAGAGAAGUCUGAAUAAAUUAAAGAUAUGGCUGCUCAAUAAUUCAGGAUUGAGAAAAAUAAGCUUCUGAAUCAAUAAAAAGAAAGGAUCAUUGAGGAAUAUAAAAAGAAGAUUGAAUCGUAUACUAUUGAAAAAAGAAUUCAACGAUCCUCAAAGAUCAAUUAAUCAAGAUUAUCAAAAAUGCAAGCUCGCUUUGAGUUAAUUCAGAGACUUAAAGAAGAAGUUCGUUAAAAAAUGGCCAUAUUGAUCUAAGAUUAAAGUGUAUAUAAAGAAUUACUGAAAAAUUUGAUUGUGCAAGGAAUGAUUAAAUUAUUAGAACCUCGUAUUGAAUUAACAUGCUUGGAAUAAGAUGUUCCAUUAGUGAAAUCAAUUUUGGGAGAGUGCCAAGAAGAAUUUACAUAAAUUAUAAAGCGAGAGACCACGAAAGACUUCAAAACAACACUUAGCAUCAAUCAAAGUUAAUAUUUGACUGAGAAAAGUGGGAAACCAAUAUUGGGAGGAGUUGUGCUUAGUUGUGCGAAUAAUAGAAUAGUGUGUUCAAACACUCUUGAUGAUAGGUUGGAACUCUCAUUGCAGGAGUUUUUGCCAGAUAUUAGAAAUGGUUUAUUUAGAAAAUGA